UGCGCAGUUAGAGUGCGCUGAGCGGAGGGGGAGGUGGCCGGCUGCUUCUCCCGCGUCCGCCAUCUUGUUGCUGUGGCUCUUGGGAACCGGCUGGGCGAAACCGCCCUGGAGGCGCGACGUUCCUUGAAGUCUUGUGCUUGGUGUAGCAGCGGGGGUCAGUGCAGAGCCGUGGGGGUGCGGAGCCGACGCGUUUCAAGCCAGGAGUGACUGGAGGCACCCCUGGUACGCUGGGAAGUUCGAGAAUCCCGGAGCGGCCUCUGCUGCUGCUCGGUUUUGCCCGCCCCGACCUCGGGCUCUGCCCACCAUUCCCCGAGCCGGCUCCCUCCGUGAGGCGGCCCCGGACCAGGCGAGCGGGGGCAGAGGAUGCUGCGGGCCCGGAGCCAAGUAGAAGGUGCUGGCUGGGCCCACUAAGAGCGCCUCAAGGUGUGCCGAGAGGCCCUUCUUCGGUUCCAAAGCCGUCUGCCGGGUCAAGGCAUCCAGAGCAGGCGAGAGCAGCCGUCGCCCGGACCCGCCCCAGAGCCCCGGCCCAGCACCAUGUCUUCCGCCAGGUUCGACUCCUCAGACCGCUCCGCCUGGUACAUGGGGCCGGUGUCUCGCCAGGAGGCGCAGACCCGGCUCCAGGGCCAGCGUCAUGGCAUGUUCCUAGUCCGUGAUUCCUCCACCUGCCCAGGGGACUAUGUGCUGUCCGUGUCUGAGAACUCCCGGGUCUCCCACUACAUUAUCAACUCGCUGCCCAACCGCCGUUUUAAGAUCGGGGACCAGGAGUUUGACCACUUGCCAGCCCUGCUGGAAUUCUACAAGAUUCAUUACCUGGAUACCACCACCCUAAUCGAGCCCGCGCCCAGGUAUCCAAGCCCAUCAGUGGGAUCUGUAUCAGCACCCAACCUGCCUACAGCAGAAGAAAAUCUGGAAUAUGUACGGACUCUCUAUGAUUUUCCUGGAAAUGAUGCCGAAGACCUGCCCUUUAAAAAGGGUGAGAUUCUGGUGAUAAUAGAGAAGCCUGAGGAACAGUGGUGGAGUGCCCGGAACAAGGACGGCUGGAUUGGGAUGAUUCCCGUCCCUUAUGUUGAAAAGCUUGUGAGAUCCUCACCACAUGGAAAACAUGGAAAUAGGAAUUCCAACAGUUAUGGGAUCCCAGAACCUGCUCAUGCAUAUGCUCAACCUCAAACCACAACUCCUCUACCUGCAGUUUCCAGUACCCCGGGGGCAGCAAUCAACCCUUUGCCAUCCACACAGAAUGGACCUGUCUUUGCAAAAGCAAUCCAGAAAAGAGUACCCUGUGCUUAUGACAAGACUGCCUUGGCAUUGGAGGUUGGUGACAUCGUGAAAGUCACAAGGAUGAAUAUAAAUGGCCAGUGGGAAGGCGAAGUGAAUGGGCGCAAAGGGCUUUUCCCCUUUACGCACGUCAAAAUCAUUGACCCUCAGAACCCAGAUGAAAAUGAGUGAUUGCUGUUGCCCUUUUUCCUGCUGCUUUGUUCUGCCUGUCAUAUUCUCCUUUGAGUCGGAAAGCAUUCUGUCUCAGACAGGUUACACUGCGUUGCCGAUGUCCAGCUUUCUGCAGACUGACAGUCUCAUAAACGUUUGGAAUGCACACAGUGGCUGCUUCGGCAUUUGUAUCAUAGUCGUAUUGUCUAAGAGUAGCCAAUUUUAGAGUUCUUUUGGAUCAUAAACUGGAAAUACUGAUGGAAGCACACAAGUGGAGAGAAGUUGAUAAGGAAAGGAUCUCCCUUCUCAUCACUGCCCUGUUUAUUGUACUUGUGACUGAUUCUGUCAUAUUCAUCAGAGAAAGCUUGAGGCCAUGGUGUGCCAUUGCGUACUGCCGUGCCAUAAAGCAGUGGCUCAAUCACCAUUUUGUUUUUCCUUUGAGGAACGGAGCGAGUGAGCCUUGAGAGGGAAUUCUGUCCUAAACUCCCCAAAUCUGGCUUUUUUUUUUUUUUUUUUUUUCCUUUUUUUGGUUGGUUUUUGGAAGACUUAAUUAGACUUGUGUGUUCUGAACAGGUUUUUAAGUAGCAGGUUGGAUUUUUGUAUUAUCCCAAGAAAUGGCACACGCCUCUGAGCUUCUAAACUGAAGCUGCUGUAACUAAAGGAAUAUGAAAAAAACAACCCUGAAGUGGAGGCCUUUAUUUUCUUGGUUGCCAGCAGUAUCUUGUUUUGCCAUAUAGCAAACAACACACAAAAAAUCUGUCGUGUGCCAAGCUAUUUGGGCAGCCUCUUGGAUUACACUGUUCCCUACAGUAACAGUGUGGAAGGUGCUUUGGGGGAAACCUUUGCUUACUUUGUUUGCCAGUGACAGGAGCAUUGUGGGGGGCACGUGGCCAGUUUUCUGUCCAGUGUUUCAGAGAAUGUACUCCUUUAAAGUAUAGUACUUAAGUUUCUUUAAAAAGUAAGGUGGUUUCAUAGAAUCAUUGAAUUCAUUAAUGAACCUUUAAAUUUCACUCCCUGAAGCCAAGUCCUCUGCCCCAACCCAGGCUGCCAGAGAAAGAUGGUGCUGUUAAUACUGGUCCCACCGUCUAUGUGACCAUGAUACUCCCAAGCACAGAAAAUGCAGGCUCUGGAAAUUGGUUAAUGCAGUUGAUGUCUAAUGUUUUUGUGACUAGGGAGAACCAUUAACCAAUUUACCAUUAACCAUUUACCAGUUUGAUGUUAAAGUUUCCCUGUUAGCGGAAAGAGAUACCUGUUCAUACAAGCCAGCUGGUACAAAUGUGUGACUGAGCGUUCAUUUGCUGGCUAUAGCAGACUAGAAUUCUGGAACCUUCAUGCAUUUCAGUCCACUCUCCCUUCUGGACAUUGAUGAAGACAGGCCUCAGCUCAGAGUGAAUACAGCAGACCUAGAGAUGUAGCAACAACCUGAUGAGCAGCUCUGUGUCAUUUACUGAGCAUCUGCUAUAAUCAUGGCCCUGUUUCCUAAAGGGUCGUAAGUUUUGAGGGUUAAGAGCAAUAUAUUCUGGUGACAGAACCAGCAAAAUAACAAUUUUUUAAUUUCUUUUUAAAUUAUUCUGUCAGGCAGGUAACUGCCAUGUGAAAGAAUCUUGAGAGUGCUCAUGUGUGACACAAUGGUCAGUUAGAAAAAAAUAUCACUGUGGCUGCCCAUCUGUCAUUUUCUUGAAAAAGACAGCAGUUGGCUCUUCCCAUCAGAACUUUGGCCACCUCUGGUUCUGAAGGUGCCAGCCCAUUACAGUUGCCUUUUGUUUAGAGUUCAGGCCCACCUUAACACCCACAACAAAUAACACGUAUAUAGCAGGAUCCUCACACUCUGCCUGGAAAUAGCACUUGCCUUUUGGCCAAUGACCCAGUACUUAAGGGGGCGUAUCUAGCAGAAGGUGGAAUGUGUGCCUUGUUCAUGGAGAGCAUAAACCUUCAGGCUUUUUUAAACCAAAUUUAGCUGAGGGGCUUGGCACCUUUUAUGACAAUAGUUGGUUUCAAAUAUAAGAAGGAAAUGACCACUUUGGAAAGCAAGGUUUCUUUUCAGUCAUAUCUACUGACUAAUAUAGCAGGACUCACAUCAUGUGGAGCACUUCGGAAUCAACACCCACAACCUAGGUUUGGCUUCAGAGUGAGUCUGCUCAUCACUUCAGCCCAUAUGCAUGUCUUCAGCACUACCCAGGAGACUCAAGAGUCUAAAGUAAGGUGAGCCUUGAGUUCUAAACUCUCAAGAUAUGUGCCAAAAGUAGUACCUUUCCGACUUGGAACCUUAUUAGUUUUUUUUAACAGGCAGGGAAAUUCUCCUUUUCACACUAAAUACACAAAAAAUGCCACCCUUGCCUUGGCUUCAUGCCUGGGUUCCCCCAGCAGUCUGGGAAGACUCUGCUUCAGAAAGCGAUACAAAUCUUCAGAGGAGCUGCCUUCCCUCCUGGGUGCACUUCCCUUAUAGGACUGUUCGUUAUUGCUGCUGGCUCUGCUCUACUGUUUGUCAUUUAAGAAAGUACUUGGAUGUUAACCCAGGAAGUGAACAAAUUAUGUACUAAAGGGCAUUGACAGUUUGAUUCAAAAUUUAUCCUGGGAAGGACCUCCAACACAGGAAUCAUUCUUGUUAUUUCUGCAUGGCAUGGUACCACCUGAUAACAUGGUUAACAAAGAGGAGGAAGCAUUGACUGGCUGCCAUUUGACAACGUUGGUCACCCAGAAGAUACCUUCUGCGCUCAUUGUUAGAAGACUGAAAGGAGGGAAGGACAGCUGCUCCCGCCUUGGAGCUCAAGCAUCCCUGGCACUGUGCUAACGAUCUUUUACAGCUGUUUACAGACAAGGCGGGCCGGGACAGACAGCCACUGCUCUUGUAAUGUUUGCUCAGAGGAAACAUGAACAUUUUAUUUUUGAAAAGGGAUGAUGUGUUUUUGUGCCAGGUGUUUUUAAUUUAAUCCUUUAAUAAUAAGUUCAUUAACCUCUUAAAAUGAGUGGAUUUCUUGUUUUAACACAGCACCUAAGACUAAUGCUUUCUGUGGACACCACUGAGCUCUGCCUCAAACUCCACCCUCUGAGACCAGAGACCAAUGUCCCUGGUAACUGCUGUCAGUGUGGACACUGAGCUAGUUGUAUAUUCUAAAGGAGUAGAAGGACAGUUCUCUGAGACAGGGUCGUUGUCUCUGCAGGAGGAACAGUGGCCUUGCUUCUAGACGGUCUUCACUGUGUGUUUUAAAACAACAAAAACAACACAAAACUCUUUUGACCUGUAACUUAAGAUCGUAAACUUUAGGCAAUAAUAUUUUCUGUGUAAGCUUUUAAAAUUAUUUUUUGGGAUCAUAGCUUGUUUUAUUUUGUGCUAUAAAAUUAACAGUAUUAAAUGACUUAUAUUCUUAGAAUACAUCGAGUGUCUUUUCUUAACAGAUUAGUGCCUUUUUAUUUUUGUAUCCCAUUUUACGUUACUGGUCCUGGCAUCAGAACCCUUGUUUCCAUGGCCUGUUUGUACAUUGUUUCAAUAAAACUUGCAUCAGCUGGUG